AUGCUUUGCACCAUCAACAUUGCUGACACGAAGAGGGAAGAAUACCAUAUUACCAUCAACUUUGAAUUGGAUGGGAGCGGCGCUAUGUCGUUGCGUCUCGACGCGGUCGCCACAAGCAGUAUUGUCGCCACCGACAGCCCCUUCGCCGCCACUGCCGGCGCCGCCACUGCCGUACCAGCCUCCGUACCAUCUGCCACCGGGGGAGUUCCCGAAGUGUUGGGGCGCCUGCGACCCCGCACCCCGCGCGCGUUCCUGCCCGCCGACUUGCUGCGCGCGGCUCCUGCGGCAAACAACAACAACAACAACGAUAACAGCAACAACAACAACAACGAUAACAGCAACAACAGCAUCCGCAACCACGCUGCAGCAGCGGCACUAAACGCCGGCGGCGGCGGCGUGGAGCCCAGUUACACACCGGGUUCGUCCACGCCAAGAUCCGGUUCCGUCGGCAAUGCACAGGUCAGCUACAGCUCCGCCGGCGGCGCCGCUACUGGCGGCACCGCCGCCGUCGCCGCCGCUGCCGGCGGUGGUGGCGAUGACUUGUACUCCUUUGAAGCCACAGAGGGCAUCGCGGGGUUUACAGCACACGCGGACGAUAACACGAUACGGCAGUCCGUUUCGCAAUUCGAUUUUCAGUCGCAGCUACAGCUCCCGCAGCAGCAGGAACGGACCCGUGGGUCGUUUCUGCUACAGCCCAACACGCUCGUGUCUUCCUCUGUAGCGUCGUCCGCCGCAACCUCGGCUGUAGUCGUCACCAUUGGCACCAAUGUGCCGUCAGCUGGAGUGAAUUCCGGGCUACAGUCGCAACAGCCGCCGCCGCCGCCGCCGUCGCGGGCCAGCCUGGCGGCGGCGCUGGCGCACACAGGCGACGGCUCGCUCAGCGCCGCAUCCUGGCUACAGCCACCACCGCCGGUGACGCCGCCGCCACCGUCGCGAAACAGCGUCCCGCAGCAGCAGCGGCCGGAGCAGCAGAAGAUGUUGACUCAACAGCUAUCCGAGUCGUACGGAUCUGAAUCUACCGUAUCCACGUUGCAAAACAUGUACGGCGGAUCUACAGGGCUGAGGCCGCAGCUGCAAGCCGGGACGUGGGGUCAGGAAAGGUCGAUGCCGACGCCGACGCAGCAGCAGAGGCAGGCGGAGGUGUUGGCGGCGACGGCCAAAGCGGCGGCUGAGAGGCACCAAGGUCCGACGUCAGCGGAGGUGGCGGCGGCGUUCGCGGCGUACCUGUCGGGAGCAUCGUCCGCCGCAACCUCGGCUGUAGUCGUCACCAUUGGCACCAAUGUGCCAUCAGCUGGAGUGAAUUCCGGGCUACAGUCGCAACAGCCGCCGCCGCCGCCGCCGUCGCGGGCCAGCCUGGCGGCAGCGCUGGCGCACACAGGCGACGGCUCGCUCAGCACCGCAUCCUGGCUACAGCCACCACCGCCG